AUGGAUGAAGAAGAGCAAGCUAUUGCAUGGCAGAUCAUUACUCAUCUCUCGGAGAUUGAAGAGCUACACAGCGCGCGGAUUUGCAUUGCUACGAAUCUCACAGCCCAUACCCAACCUCAGGGCGGUAAUAAAAUUGAAUUUAUCAUGGCCGUCCCCCCAAGCGCGAGUGAUCUCGUGAACCCGCCCAGCACGCCUCAGUCAGACCAAAUUGUGACGACUACGUUGCUCCGCUGGAGGAGGAAAAUGGCCGAUAUACUCAGCUCGGGGCAUGCAGUCCUGCGCAGUACCGCGAACCUUUUGACCUACGAUCCUACGGAAUUUGUGCCUUUUAUGAUGAAUGGCACCCGGCUCCGGUUUGUCCAUAUGGACAUGUUGCCUUGUCAGCCCGUCACACUACCUACAGUUCUACAGGCAAGCCGUGCCGAACAGCUCCCGAUGUUGACUGCCGAUGAUCUUAUUAUCGCCAAACUUCGCCUUUCAGGUUUGUCCAAACACGACAAAACAGCGAGCACCCACGCUGAUGACGCCGGCGAUCUGCUUGACACACUAGAACGGCCCAGACGAUUGUCUGCCCAGCAGAAGGAGUGCGCUAGAGAGGCAGUGAUGCACCUCCGCCAGUUUCAAUAUAGCAGGCAAUGGUUCCGCGACGAGCUUGGUAUAUGA